AUGCAUACAGAAACGGGAUCAGAACUGGUCGCAAAGGCAAUGAAAGCUGCCGACCAGCUAGGCAUAAGCACGAUCCCAUCGACAGCUGCCACAAAUGCGCUCUCAGCUAUCGGGGCCAAGGCACUUGAAGCAAUCAAGGAAGUGGCCAACGCCCGCGAGAAUGAUGGAGAUGAUACAGUCGUCACAUCAUCAAGGAAGGGAUUGAACGGCGCAGCAAGACGAAUCCUUCUUGCUGAGUAUAACGGCACUGUCAAUCUGGAGGAACGUUCUCGGGUUCAGUUUGCCUUCAAUUUAUCGAUUGCUGGACCAGAUAUUCUUCCGCUCAUUGCAGGAGCAGGUGGGCAGGGCCUGAACCUUGCCAGGGGUACGCAUAUGAUCAUCACGGAGUCAUCCUGGACACCCCGUAAACUGGACCAGGUCAUCGGGCGAACCUAUCGGCUCCCCCAGGACAAAACAGUCCACAUAUGGCACAUGAUAGCCCACCCGUCUAAGAUCGACAUGUUCGUCCUGGAUAGACAGGCGCAAAAGGUCCAUUUCGUGAGACAGCUUCUCUCUGCUUUUACAGGUGAAGCAGAUACAAAGGCCUCUGAUGAGGCAGUUGAUAUCAAUAAAAAAGCAUUGCCUACCCGCACAAUCCACCAGUGGGCCAAGGGAAGGGCCAAGGAUGUGGCCGAAAAUGAGCGUAUCAACAAGUCAAGUCGUUGGAGGAGUAGAGUCAAAUUAGAUGAGCUUUAG